AUCUACCCAGGAUGUGAUGCUUCCUGUGUUUUAGCUAACGUUAGCUUAAAUGCUGCAUUUAUCUACGUAGGAAGCGAUUCAAAGCUUCAGGUUGUGGCAGGCCGGUAGAUGAUGAAGUGAUGGAGAUGUUAGGAGGCCACAGCCAUUGUGAUGCUGGGUGGCUGUUACUCUAGAACUGCCAUCUGCCGAAAAAGGGUGCUGUGUAAUGAUAUUCUCAGCCUGAAGGUGGCAGGAGAUCCAGUGCUAACCCCUAACUCAGUGUGCCUGAGGCUGGCAGGCCUCAGUAAACGUCAGAUGCGGAUGUGUGUGCGGAGCCCCGAUGUGACAGCCUCUGCUCUGCAGGGCAUCCAGGUGGCCAUCCACGAAUGCCAGCACCAGCUCCGGGAUCAGCGAUGGAACUGCUCCUCGCUGGAGGGCCUUGGCAAGCUUCCCCACCACAACACCAUUCUCAACAGGGGUUUUCGCGAGAGUGCUUUCUCUCUGGCCUUGGUGGCAGCGGGUGUGGCUCACUCUGUGGCCUCAGCCUGCAGCAUGGGCAAGCUGCGGGGGUGUGGCUGCGAGGCCAAGCGUCGCCAGGACGAUGACAAGAUCCGGCUGAAACUCACACAGCUGCAGCUGCAGACCCUGCAGAAGGGUGGAGUAGGCCUCGCCAUGACACGGUCAUUACCCUCAGAGCUAAAUGGUCACCAUGACGACCUGCCCGCUAACCUGCGCUCCACCCACCCCUCCACCCUGCUCAAGCCUAUACCAGAUGAGCUGAGCUCCAUGCAGGACACGUGGGAGUGGGGGGGCUGCAGUCAUGACGUCCGUUUUGGGGACCGUUUUUCUAGGGACUGGCUCGACUCCCGCGGGUCUCCAAGAGACAUCCACGCUCGCAUGAGGAUACAUAACAACCGGGUGGGACGACAGAUAGUGACUGACAACAUGAAGAGGAAGUGCAAAUGUCACGGCACAUCAGGGAGCUGUCAGUUUAAGACCUGCUGGCAUGUGUCUCCAGAGUUCCGGCUGGUGGGUUCUGUACUCAAGGAAAAGUUCCUGUCAGCCAUCUUUGUCAACUCCCAGAACAAGAACAAUGGGGUUUUCAACCCUCGAGCAGGAAACGGCGCCAGCGGGAGCACAGGCGGACCCAACAGAGGUCGCCGUCGAACCAUAUCCAGAGAGCUGGUGUACUUUGAGAAGUCUCCUGAUUUCUGUGACCGUGAUGCGUCCGUAGACUCUCCAGGUACACAAGGACGCAUCUGCAACAAAACUAGCUACAGCACAGACAGCUGCGGCUCGCUGUGCUGCGGCCGUGGACACAACAUCCUGAAACAAACACGCAGCGAGCGCUGCAAUUGCAGGUUCCACUGGUGUUGCUACGUGCUGUGUGAGGAGUGUCGUCUCACAGAGUGGGUCAAUGUGUGCAAGUAGAUUCCACUUCUCCCAGUCCCAGCUGCCUUUACUCGUCCUGGACUCAAGAUGGCGAGCCUGUCCCUUCGCCCACUCCUUUUGUUCCAGCGUUUGUUUUGCUCCUUGUGUAACUCUCCCAGAGACUCUGUUUAUCCCCCCCUUUCCUUUUUUUGGGUCCAUCAUCUGGGAUCUAUUUUCUUUGUAGCCGCUGUUAUUCUCAAAAUGCCAAGUCAGAGAUUGAAGAGGUGACUCAUGACAUUUGUCCUGCCAUGGUCUGUUUAGACGCUGCCCUCUCAGCCAUGAAAACAGCCUAUACCCAAUCUUUUCUAUCCCACAAAACUUCUAGUUCAAUGUCUACAUGCUGACUCAUCUCAUUGUACAGUAGCUGUGUAUUUGAAUGUGUAUAUUUGUAAAUGUAUUAUUAAUAAUAUUAUUGUGUUGGA